ACGUUUUCUUUUUUACUUCCUCUCUCGAACGUCUUCAAUUUCCUGGACUCUCUCGCUGUUUAGCCACUACAAUCUUCGAAUUCUGAAGCAUUCUAACAUUCCAAAUUAUGGGUUUGGCCUCCGCUAACACUUCCAGUGAAGGCAUGCAACUUUGUGUAUUUGAUUUGAGAAGAGGGCAACUUGAAGGGCAAGAGCUGGAUAAGAUCCUUUUCUUUUUCCCUGCUGAUUUGCCCUUCUCUACCCAACUUUCCGUCAUAGGACUCAGUGAAGGACUCAUCACCUUUACAAGAAUUUUCUCUCCAGAAGCAGCUUGCGAGGUCAUAGAAGCAGAGAGGCAUUCUCAUGUAUUUUACGAGGCAGAGCCGGACAUCUGGAUGGUGAUGGUAGUGGAGAAAAGUAAGGGGCUGGAAGUCAUAUGGCGGAUAGAUGCAUUACGAGAGGUUCUCAAGGAAGUUCACUCUCUUUUCAUGAUGUUUAAUGGGUCUAUAAGAGCAAUGCUUGAGAGAGAACCUAGUGGAGGAGUAAUUCGAUCUCAUCUAUACCCUUUCAUAAUGGAUUAUAUGAGUGCAUGUCAAAUGUGGUCUCCAUUGGAAAACUACUGCUGCUGGGAUUUUCUUGUUGGGAAGAAACUCCAAUUACCAUCAUUUCGUGACUGUUUAACGGAGCGUGGAACUGUUCAGAUGUUGACUGUUGGGAGAGAAGCUGCAAUUGAAGUUCAGUCACUUGUCAGGGUACUAGAGUCUUGUGCUGGGACCACACCUUGCCAUUCACUGAUUUUCUUUCAGGACCUGCUUGUCUCCACAACAGUUUCUCCUGAUGACACCAUAAAUUUAUUUACAUAUGCGGUUCUGAGGUUGACUCCUCGUGCUUUAUCCUCUGGGGCAAGUUCAUGGUCAUACUUACGCAAAGGAAGCACUGCAUCUCAUGUUGCUGCAGGGUCUACACUGGCCCAAUCUGCUUCUGUUUCAGAACAUUUAUAUCGCUCACAUGAUAACUCUCCUGGUCGAGAUGACAGUUACCAUGUUAAGAGACCCUUACAGCAUGACAAGUGGGCUAAAGGGAAGGAUGGUUUUCUUGUCACUGAUAUUUGGGGUGCAGAGAUUGGUAGCUCUGUUACAGUUAGCCCAACAAUUUGGCUUCGUCAGACUGAGGAAAGAGUGUAUCUCUGUGCUUAUCAGUAUAAAGGUCUGACCUUAAUCCUUCUGAUUCCUGUUUCCUCCAUUCUUAAUGGGGAGCAAGGUGUUUCCCUGGUGAAGCAGCAAGUUCUUGAAAAUGCAUCCCUUAAGAUGUUGAAAGUUGAAGAGAAACUAUCAAAAGGAUGGGGUGGUGAGAAUGCUUAUCACGUUAGUGGGUAUCGUUACUUGCUAGUCGAUGAUGAUCGAAAUAUAUCUAGGGCUUCUCCGCCAGUAAAGGUUACAACCCUUACAAAGGAAUCUUUACUUGCCAUGAAUAAGCUUAGAGAAGAGGUAGAUUUGGAAAAGAGUAGAGCAAAAAGGAAUGGUGUAGAUCAAGAGAAAGAUUUGGAAAUAUGCAUUAGAGCAAAAAACAAUGCUUGGGUUAUUGCUCAUACUACCAGAGGGAAGGAGCUUUAUAUGGUUCUAGAAAAGGCCAACGAAACUCUCCUUUAUGCCUCUGAUGCUGUUGAGAAGUUCAGCAACAGGUAUUGUGGUGGCACUUUCUCAUUGGAUUAGGGGAAGUGUAGUGUUCCUAUAUAAUUAGGAUUAGAGAAACUGCAUGUGCAGCAAAUAAUGAGGAUUAGACGUUAGAGGAACUGCUUUGGACUAGCAUAUUUGGAUUAGGUACUUGUAUUUUUAUCAAUGAUGUUCUGUUUCUUCUUUCAUUGCUUUACACGUGUAGAGGCAUGGUAUAGAUUUUUGUAAUACUGAGGUCCAAAACUAAAUAUUCGUUUCUGUUGUGUGCGUGUGUAUGUAUAUACAUGUAUAUUUUUUAAUGAUGAUUCCAGGCAUGUUAACAUGCUGUUUUCGUUGUUA